GCAGUCAACUUCAUGUUCAGUCAAAAAAAACAUACAACUCGGAGAAAAAGAUUAUAAACACCGCCGCAAAUACAAAUAAAAUUGUGUGUUAAAAUUGAAAUUACAAUAAAAAAGCUUCCAAAAAGGUUGAUAUUUGUUUUAUAGCAAAAACAAACGUGAAUACUACAACAAAUAUUUGUAUUGAAAAUUGUUGUUUUUUUGUUUUUGUACAAAAUAUAUAGAAAAUUUCAUGUUUGCAUUCUCAACUUCAGUAAAACGGAGACGACGACACGAGAGAGUUAAGAAAACAAAAAUUUGUAUUUGAAUUGCAAAAAAAGUGAAAAGUGAAAAGUUUUGUGUAUAAAUUAUUAGUUGGAAAGUAUCUUGGCAGGUGCAAAAUAAUAAGAAGAAGCAGCAAAAGGGAAAUACUCUUGAAAAGCCAGUACCGCCAGCCAGGUACCACAGGCAUAUUCUCCAACUCCCCGUUACUUACCUACUUAAUUGCCAGCCAAAAUGAUGGAGCUGGAACCACGGGUGGCACUGUUGCAAGACUUACGUUUGCAAACAUUCGAUUCAAUACGAUUCGCCUCAUAUCGUACCGCCUCAAAGCUGCGCUACAUCCAGAAAUCCACAAAUCUCCAUCUGGUGGACAUAUGGAAUGUGAUAGAGGCCUUCCGGGAGAAUGGCCUCAACACACUCGAGCCCCAAAGCGAUGUUAGUGUGGCCCGCCUUGAGACACUGGUUUCAUCCCUUUAUCACAAUCUCAAUAAACGACUGCCAACAGCACAACAGGUUCCUGUCGACUCCAAGGCCGGGUUGUUACUUAAUUGGUUGUUAGCCGCCUAUACCACCGACAAUUCGGGCAAGAUACGGGUAUUCUCCAUUAAAGUGGCCCUGGCCACAAUGUGUUCCGGCAAACUGGUGGACAAACUAAGAUACAUCUUUUCUCAGAUCUCAGACGGUGCUGGCCAAUUGGUCAACUGGAAAUUGGCAGAAUUCCUGAAAGAGGUGCUCGCCCUGCCCGCAGCCGUAUACGAAUCACCCACAUUCCACUAUACCGAUGGCCUGGAAGAGCAAAUAUUCCCCUCAGAGAACAAGAUCACGGUCAACGAUUUCAUGGCAACACUUAUGUCUGAGCCAGGACCGUCGUGCCUGGUCUGGCUGCCGCUUUUGCAUCGCUUGGCCACGGUAGAAACAAUUGUGCAUCCCACCAUCUGUUCUGUCUGUCACAAGGAAAACUUUACCGGCUUUCGUUAUCGUUGUCAGCGGUGUCACGCCUACCAAUUGUGCCAGGAGUGCUUUUGGCACGGCAAGACAUCGUUGAACCAUCAAAACGAUCACGAGGUCAAAGAGUACUCAAGCUAUAAGUCGCCCAGCAAACAGAUUGGCCAUUCGUUGCGCAAGAGUUUCCGAUGUGUGCCGGAGAAGACAAGUCAAGUGUUGCCACGAUUUCCCGAACAGCCGGAGAAGACAUUGAAUCUAUCGCAUAUUGUGCCGCCAUCGCCAUUGCCAUCGCACAAUGGUUUCGGAGAUCCCUCACUGUUGCAUGGCCUGGGUGGUCCAGGUAUACCAGGCGGAGGAGGAGGUAUUGGUGGUCUUCUGUUUGAUCGUUCCAGUACCCUCGAUUCGAGAGCGACGGGUCGUAGUGUUGAUAGUGCCAAUGGAGGUGGGGGUACAUCGUCGACAUCGCGUGUGGCAGCCGCCUCGGCCAACGAUGAGGAGCAUCGUUUAAUUGCCCGUUAUGCUGCGCGAUUGGCUCAAGAGAAUCGUGCUCCCAGCAACACAAGCAAUACGGACAACAUUGCCUCGGAUAAUUCUAGAGCCCAACGUGAACUUAUAUCUCAAUUAGAAUGUAAGAAUAAAGAAAUAAUGCGUGAAAUUGCCCGACUAAGGCGUCAACAGGAAGCGGAACAAAUGGCACCCGAAAAUCCAGCUUUAAUCAAUGAACUGAGAGCCUUGCGCCAACGAAAAGGUGAGCUGGAGGGCCACUUGGGUGCCCUGCAAGACUCGAGGCGGCAGCUCAUGGAACAGCUGGAGGGUCUGAUGCGUAUGUUGAAAAAUCAACAGACCUCUUCACCCAGAUCAACACCAAAUUCUAGUCCUCGCUCUGGUAAAUCACCACCCAUGCCAAUGGCUGGCGGCGGUAGUGCCUCCGGUGGCAGUGGGGGCCUUAACACACUGGGCACCUCACCCAUGAGCUCGUUACUUAAUCAAAUACCACCCAGUUCAGGACAUGGCAUGUUGGGCAGCAGUGCAUCCGUGGCCGGUAAUGUGCUGCGCAUGCAACAAGCCUCACCCUUAAAUCAAAAUCAAUUUGGUCAAAAUCCUUUAGAUUCGGCGGAGUCAAGGGGAGGUGUUGGUUUCAAUACCAAUGGAAGUGGAAAUUUAAUGCGAAUCUUUUCCAAAAAUACAGUUGAUGUAGCUGAGUAUUUUAAUCUUGACUCAAUCACAAAUGAGCCAUCCAAUGAUCACGAAAGUGAACAUGACAAUGCCAACUCUCCCCAUGAGCAAUCGGCACAUGCAACAACAAAAGAUGAAGUCCCUGAGUCUUCUAUUGAUAUGUUAUCGACCCUUCUGAAUGAUCUCAAUACAGACUUGCUACGUCACAUAGAAGGUGAUGAGUCGGCCGAAGAUGUUGAGGAUAAUGAAGAGGACGAGGCAUAUGAUGAUUUCGAUUUGGAUUAUAAUUUUGGUUUGAGUCUCGGCGAUAGUAGUGGCAUUUCGGCAAGUUUAAGGCAUCUGCAACAGCAGCAGCAGCAACAACAACAACAGCAACUCCAACAUCAGCAACAACAACAAUUGCAUUCCGCUUCUUCCGACCAUGAUUUCCUGGGAUCAAUGGCAGCCGCCUUGGCCAGUGGUGGCGUUGGUGGCAACAACCACCAUUUGAUGUUAAAAGAUCUUGAAUAUCGCCUCGAUCAUGAUUCCGAAGUUGAAUUAGAUUCUGAUUUCGAUAUCGAUGAAGAACAUGCCCACAUAAAUCGUGUCAUGGGCUAUAAACACUAUCCCGAGGUACUCAUCGAUGAUGCAGAUGCUGGAUUUCCCCUCUUGCAUGAAAUCGAUUUCGAAGACCCCCAAAAUAUAAAUGUUGAUUGGAAUGAUAAGCAAACCAACUCAGCCAGUAGCCAGUGGCAGGAGCAAUUUGCCCAGUGGUCAUUGCACACGCAAAAGAACUAAUUCCAGUAAAUGAUUUUGAAACAAAAGGAAAUCUACUAAAACUCUUGCAAAAAAGGAAAGAAAUGAACUAGAAAAGAAUAAAAUUAAUUUAAGAUAAAAAAGAUUAGUUCAAAUAUACGAUCUACAAACAUAUUUAUUAGAAAACAAAAACAACAACAGCAACUUUUUAUCCUAAUUUUAUCAUAUAACAACAAAUACAAAAUAUUUCAUAUUUUUUUGUAAUAACUAAAUGCAUAUAACAAUUAUUAUAAAUAGUAAUAAUACACAUUGGACGAAUGGUUAAACAUUUAAAGGAAAUGUAUUUGAAGCAAAAGCUUAGAUUUGUUAAAAAAAAAAGUAAAAAAGUAAAGUAAUAAAACGAUAAUUUAAAACCUAACAAAACUUAAGACUUAAAGAAUAUUUAAAAGUAAUUAAAAAUAUACCAACUCAUUUGCAAAAUGUUUGAUAUAUACUUUAUUAUUAUUGAAAAUGAAAAAAAAGAAAAAAUCAUACAUAUAUAUACAUUCAUAUAUUGAAAAUCUUUGUUAAACCUAAUCCCCCUUAAAGACUAAAUAACAAAUAGCAAUUUAUAUAAAAAAAUAUAUACCUUAAAGUAAACUGUUAACAAAAAAACGAACAUAGAUUAACAAGCAAAUGUUGUAAUGCUAAAAUCUUGUCAACUCAAAUCAUAAUAAAUAGAAAAACAAAUAAAUAACAAAAUAGUUGCAAUAUCAUAACCAUGAAUGGUCCUUAUUUUCCAGGGACCACACUUGAAUCACAAACUCAGUUUAAUUUUGCAAACAUAUUUAUUAUAUACAUACAAAAACAAAACACAAACACACUAAACUAAUACAUUUCCUUAAAAAUCUCAAGUUAAAUUGCUUUAAAAAAAUACCGAUAAAAAAAUUAAAGAAAUAUUUAUUUAUGUUUAAUAUUAAUAACUUUGUAUAUACACACAUAUAUAUUAUUUAAAAAAAACAACAAACAUAUGCAUACAUCAUAUACAUAUAUUUCAAAAGAUAUAUAUUACAAAAAAAUAUUAUUAAUCCAAAAAUAAGAAAAUCAAGAAAAAUCACAGCAAUCUUUAAUCUACCAAGAACAAGACCAGUUAAUAAAAUUAAAAAUAAAUACUUAAAGAAAAAUAACAAGAAUAUAUAAAAUUUGUCAUCCACACACACAUACAUACAUCCAUCUAAAUGUAUGCAGCUAUACGUACUUAAUCCUUCAAAAAAAAAAUGAAUUUAUAAAAAAUCAUAAUAAAAUAAAUCACUCAACCAAAAUAAUAAAAAUAAAAAACAUUGACGUAUGUUUUAUGCUCAGUUCUUUUUGGAAACAGAAACACAUCCACAUUUACAUAUAUAUAAACAGAGAUAGAGCUUACAUACUCUUUUCAUACAUACCAGCCACAUAACCAUUCAAAAAUGAAUAUUAAAUUAAAAAUAAUUAAAAAAAUUAAAAACAGAAAAACGAAAAUAAUAAAGAACUUGUAACACAACACACAUUUUAAUAAAA